GCGUGCUGCCUGGGGAAGGGCAGGGCCGGGCUGGAACCCUCGCCCGGAGGGCGGAUAGGAGUCUCUGCGGGGACUUGGGGGCGGAAGUCCCUGUUCCACCCGGAUUGGGAUCUAGCUCGGGUCCAGCAGGGGUCACAUCCCUCAGCGGGCAGGGAGGGAGGUGGCCGUGAACCUCAGCCCAGGCUCCAGGCCAGGCGGCCCCGCCCAGGGCAGGCCCAGCCUUGGCCAUUUCGUAACCAGGCGGCCACAGAGCAGGGCGCCGGAGGAAGGACAGCCGGGCAGACUCAGGAUGGACCCCUUCGAGGACACGCUGCAGCGGCUGCGGGAGGCCUUCCGCGAGGGGCGCACGCGGUCAGCGGAGUUCCGGGCGGCGCAGCUCAAGGGCCUGGACCGCUUCCUGCGGGAGCACAAGCAGCAGCUGCAGGAGGCGCUGCUGCAGGACCUGCGCAAGUCAGCCUUUGAGGCGGAGUUGUCGGAGCUCAGCAUCAGCCACGCCGAGAUUAACUUGGCCCUCAGGAACCUGCGAGCCUGGAUGAAGGAUGAGAAGGUGCCCAGGAACCUGGCCACCCAGCUGGACUCGGCCUUCGUCCGGAAGGAGCCCUUCGGUGUGGUGCUCAUCAUCGCCCCCUGGAACUACCCCCUGAACUUGAUCCUGGUGCCCCUGGUGGGCGCCAUCGCGGCAGGGAACUGCGUGAUGCUGAAGCCCUCGGAGGUGAGCAAGAACACCGAGAAGAUCCUGGUCGAGAUGCUGCCCCGCUACCUGGACCGGAGCUGCUUUGCCGUGGUGCUGGGCGGGCCCGAGGAGACGGGGCAGCUGCUGGAGCACAAGUUCGACUACAUCUUCUUCACGGGGAGCACUCGAGUCGGCAAGAUCGUCAUGGCCGCGGCCGCCCAGCACCUGACGCCCGUCACGCUGGAGCUGGGGGGCAAGAACCCCUGCUACGUGGACGACGACUGCGACCCCCAGACCGUGGCCAACCGCGUGGCCCUGUUCCGCUACUUCAACGCCGGCCAGACCUGCGUGGCCCCCGACUACGUGCUGUGCAGCCCCGCCAUGCAGGAGCGGCUGGUGCCCGCCCUGCAGGCCGCCAUCACCCGCUUCUACGGCGAGGACCCCAGGGCCUCCCCGGACCUGGGCCGCAUCAUCAGCGACAAGCACUUCCAGCGGCUCCGGGGCCUGCUGGGCUGCGGCCGCGUGGCCGUCGGGGGCCAGAGCGAGGAGAGCGACCGCUACAUCGCCCCCACGGUGCUGGUGGACGUGCAGGAGACGGAGCCGGUGAUGCAGGAGGAGAUCUUCGGGCCCAUCCUGCCCAUCGUGACCGUGAGCAGCUUGGACGAGGCCGUGGACUUCAUCAACCGCCGGGAGAAGCCGCUGGCGCUGUACGCCUUCUCCCGGCGCAGCCAGCAGGUGGUGAAGCAGGUGCUGGCGCGGACCAGCAGCGGGGGCUUCUGUGGCAACGACGGCUUCAUGCACCUGAUCCUGGCCAGCCUGCCUUUCGGAGGAGUGGGGGCCAGCGGCAUGGGCAGCUACCACGGCAAGUUCUCCUUCGACACCUUCUCCCACCACCGCGCCUGCCUGCUGCGCAGACCCGGGCUGGAGAAGAUGUACUCCGUCCGCUACCCGCCCUACUCGCCGCGCAGCCUGAGGGUGCUGCUGCUGGCCAUGGAGACCCGGGGCUGCAGCUGUACCCUGCUCUGAGCCCGCCGCGGGCACCGGGUCCGUCCCUCCUGCCGCGCCAGAGGCCGCCUGUGUCCUGGGGGGUGGAGAUGUGGCCUCGAGUCCGGGGCACAAGGAUGAGAAGACCUGCCAGGGCCCCAGCCCAGCCCGGGCUCGGCCUCCCAUCUUCCGGCCCUCAGCCUCCUCCUCAGCCGCCCCCACUAGGAUGGGAACCUCAAUGCCAGGCGCCUGCGUCCCGGGGGAGGGCAGACAUAGGCACCCGUGAGCCACGCCCUCCCGGGGAGGGUGCCGAGGGGCUCGGGCCUGAGCUGCUCCGUCUGCACAGCGGAGUGAAUAACAGUAUCUCAGAGGGCUGUGAGGUGGCAUCUGGGAGCUUAAUAAACAGGAGCUGCGGGCCCCGAGCUCCAGACA